AUGUACCAGGCUUUGGGUCUAUUAUUUGUUCUUUCCCUUCCCGUUCUUGUUAUAUUCUUCGCACGCAGUAACAUAGCAACCAAACCAAGCAAAAAGUCAAAGAAGAAAAAGAAGAAAAACAAAUCGAAGUCUGCAGCAGCUCAAUCCAACGACCAAUCUCCAUCUGUAGCUCCAUCAACGGCAUCAGCAGCUGCGACACCACCAUCGCCUAUAGCAACACCAAACGAAUCCAACACUUCCUCCUCCAAGUCCAAGUCCAAGUCCAAGUCCAAGUCCAAGAGAAAACAAGCAAACAAAGCCGAAGCAGCACCAGAGCCAAAACCUGCAACAACAACUACACCUUCAAAGCAGCAGCAACAGCAACGACCUGUUGAGAAACCUAUCGAGAAUGCCUCUGUCAAAAAGCCAGCAGAAGUGGAUGACCAUAUGGAUUGGACGCCAAAGUAUUCAAGAGUGAUGCGUAUCACACGUGAGCCUGAAGAGGAUCCAUUUCAACCUGUGCCGCAAGAAGAUGGUUGGAAUUCGGUAGCUGUCAAGAAACCUUUUGCGUCUUCAUCAUCAAGAGCAGUGGACAAUGAACCAUUGACCAAGAAGCAGCGUGAAAACCAGGCUCGAGCAGCAAAGAAACGUGAAGCCAAAGCUCAAGCAGAUGCAUUACAGGCUGAGCGUUUACGAAGACAUCAACGCGAAUUGGAAAGACGUCGUAUUGAGGAAUUCUAUUCGACGGGUGCAGGGAAAAAUACACCUUGGGGAAAGAAGCCGCAGCGUGGAUCAUCCAAAGUACCUACAGCCAAAGCGAGCUUGAACGAGAAUGGACAAUUGAUAUGGGAUUAG